AUGGAGUGGAGUGAGGAAAAAGUGAUCGAGCUUAUUGAAAAAUAUCGGGAGAAGCCCGUUCUGUGGAAUGUUAAAUUAAGUGUGUACCGCAAUAAAAUAAAGACAAAUGAUGAUUGGGUUGCGUUAGCAGCUGAAAUUAAUGUGCCGCGUGACGAAACAGAACGAAAAAUGAAAACUUUAUUAGCACAAUUUCGUCGUGUAAGGCAGAAAGUACAGAAGAUGGUAAAAUCGGGAAUGGGUACUGAUGAAAUUGAUACAAGAGUAUGGUUUGCAUACAAAGCUUUUGCGUUUCUCAACGACAGAAAUGAACCAAAAGCAACAAUGGAUACAAUGGGACAGGACAACAACGAAAGAGAAGUAAGUGAAGAAGAGGAAGGAGGAGAUGAUGACACAUCUCAAAUCGAACAUCUGGAUGAAAGCCAUCAACCCGACAACCAACAUGUCGAACAAGAUUCUGCCCCCGUAGAAACUCAAAACAUACGUGACACGUUCCCUCCACCUGCCAAACGUAUAAAGAAAGUGGCCAGCAAACAAAAAGAUAGUCGCCUUGAAGAAGCAUAUGGAGUCAUGUCUAUGCUAUCUGCAAAGCGAACUGCUUCACGCGAUGAGUGCGCACUGUUCGGUGAACAAUUAGCAUGUAAAUUACAAAAAUUAGACGAUCGCAAUAGACUUAUACUUAUGCAUAAAAUUAAUACACUAGUUUUUGAAACAGAAAUGAGGAUCUCACGGCCAAGUAAUAUUUCAACCUUUAAUUAUACUCAAAGUGCAGAUCUCAUGACACAGCCAUAUCAUUAUAUGCAACCAUCCCCUUCAUAUUCACUACAUGAUGGUAGUUCUCCGAUUUCAUGUACACCAGUGAUGUCUCCAAAUCUUUCCGCACCGUCACCAGCAUCAACUUCCAGUUGCGGCAUGGAAGAUAUACAACGCGAUGAUGUUUAUUCGAUACAAUAA